GUGGAGUUGCUGCUUCUCAGUGUCCCAAAGAAGACAGCAGGAGCUCGGGAGCUUCGCAUGAGACCACAGGAACCAAGCGAACCUACGAUAUGAUGGAGGGGAGGAUCAGCCGGGGCUUAUCAGCCCGUGAGACCUUAUCUGCCAGCAUUGAAGGUCUCAUGGGUCGAGCGAUCCCUCCAGACCGACACAGCCCCCAUAACCUAAAGGAGCAGCAUCACAUGCGGGGCUCAAUUACACAAGGAAUACCUCGGUCCUACGUGGAGGCCCAUGAGGACUACCUCAGAAGAGAAGCCAAACAGCUCAAGAGGGAAAACACUCCCCCGAGGGACUUAUCUGAUGCCUACAAGGUCAGGUCUCAUGAAGGCCUUACUCCUCUGAAAAUGAAACCAGCCCAUGAAGGCCUGGUGGCCACGGUGAAAGAAGCGGGAAGAUCAAUCCAUGAGAUUCCCCGAGAGGAGCUGAGGCGAACGCCAGACAUCUCUCUGGCGAGACCUCUGAAGGAAGGCUCCAUCACGCAGGGUACCCCACUGAAGUAUGACAGCGGCUCUUCCUCCUCGAGUACCAAAAAGCACGAUGUGCGGUCCAUCAUCGGCAGUCCCGGCAGGACUUUUCACUCUGUGCACUCACUGGAUGUCAUCCAAGACCCGAGGAACCUGGAAAGAGCUUAUGAAGAGAGCCUGAAAAACAGGCCAAGCCCAGUGACAAACUCGGGUGGCUCCAUCGCCAGAGGGGCUCCUGUGAUUGUACCGGAGCCGGGCAAGCCCCACCAAAGUGCCCUCGCCUACGAGGACCACCAGGCAGGGCACAGCACAGCGUUUGGCAGCCACUUGCACAGAGGGUCUCCGGUCUCCACGCGGGAGACCACGCCGCGGCAGCACGAAG